GCCGGGGCUCUUGCGUCUUUUCUGCGCAGGAACAGCGUUGGCUUUUUGCGGUGUGUUUUGGCGGUCUGGUCAGGGUGGGCAGCCUCGUUCAUCCAAGAUCGCAGGGCCCCUCCCCGCAUCGACAGCUCACCGAGGGCAUAAUCGAUCAGGCACAAUCGAUCAGGCCAUGAGUGCACAUUCGUACGACCCUUAUUCGGGACCCGAUGGCGGCAACCCGAUCCAUCUGCACGUCGAUAUCGACGACACCGACAAUGCCAACGACACCUAUGACGAGUUGCUGGAGCGCAUCGAGAAGGACAAUGCCCUUGGCGAGGUCAACUACUACGGCGUCAUGAAUCUCUCAAAAGACGCCUCUGACGAUGAGAUUCGAAACACAUAUCGUCGGCUCUGUGUGACAUUUCAUCCAGACAAGCAUCUUUCGCCGGAUGAUAAGGAAGCCGCUCAGCGCAAGUUCCAAGUCAUCCAGAAAGCCUAUGAUGUCCUCAGCGACCCAGCAAAGCGGCAUAUCUACGAUCUGUAUGGUGCCGAGGGACUCCAGUCAACAUGGGAGAUCGGACAGCGAUUUUCGACGCCAGAAGAGAUCCGUGAGGAAUUUGAGAGACAGAAGCGACUUAGGCUUCAGGAGGAGGCUGAAAACCUCGUCAAGUCCAAGGGCGAGAUUUCCCUUAUGCUCGAUGCUACAAGCAUAUUCGAACCCUAUGGCGGCCACAAGCGCGAGGCUCAUGAGCUGCUGGUGUUUCCCGAACUAACCCAGGCGUUCGUCAAACAUUCGUGGGAGACCAAGCUGGCCUCCCAAACAAACCUGACCCUCGAGGGAACUGCCCUCGCCAACAAUGGUAUUGGUGUUGGUAGUGCCCAGGCGACUCUGCAACAUGUCAUAACGCCCAGCCUCUGGGCAGAGGGCUCAGUGGUCGUUGGUCGGCAGCCAUCAUCAUCGUUCAAGUUGACCAAAACUUUUGCAAACGACAGCUUCUGCACUGCCAAUGCCCACAUAGCGACCACCGCUCUUCCACCGACCUUGGCCUUCGUACUCGGACGUCGAAUCAGCCAGAGUACUACCAUGUUCUUGACCUUCCAGACUGGCCAGUUUCGCCUUGGCUCCUGGGGUGCCUCGGAGCGGCUGCGCCAACGAAGCUCCUGUUCCGUGGGCAUCGUUCGACGAUUCAAUGAUGCGCAGCUCAAUGUGGAUGUGCAAGCGGGCCUGAGUGGCUCCCAUAUAAGCCUUGCGUACGCCAAGAUAUUGCCCAAGCAAAUUCGUCUGCGGGGGUCGCUGCAACUCUCGAACGUCGGUGGUGUCACAGCCUCCCUGAGUGGCGAAAAGAAAGUAUCGAAGCAUAGCAGAGUCGGCCUGGGAGUCACAUGCGGAGCUUCAAGUGGGGUUUCUUUCAAGCUCAAGUAUACUCGACUAGGCCAAAAGUUCAUCAUUCCGGUGCUGCUCUCACAUCAAUUGAGCAUUGAAGCAGUUUUGUGGGCGACGGUUGCCCCUGUGGUUGCAGCCAUCGCCAUCGACCAGUUCAUCUUGGCACCGCGCAAGAAGCAGCUACUUGCCGAGAAAUUGGAUGAGAUUCGGAAGGAAAAUGCAGAGAUUCUCGCCGAUAGACAAAAGGAGGCCCUCGAAGCCACCCGGCUGAUGAAAGAUCUGGCCCAGCGCAAGCUCGAACAGGAGCAGGCCCGUGACGGCUUGAUCAUAGUGCACGCUCUCUAUGGUGACCUGGCUGCGAAGGAGUCGAUUGAUUCGGGUCGUGGAUUCUCAGUGCAAGGCAUUCGGAGUCUAUUCUCCAAAUCAUCAUCUGUCGAGUUCAUGAGCAUACCUUCCAGGGACGAUGCUCACCCGCCACUGGAUCAGGACGCAGACAGAUCUCCGAAGCCAUAUUGUGACGUUACGAUCGUGUUACAGUCGAUGGUCAACAACAGCCAGCUUCAUAUAAGCGGUGGUCACGCCAAGUCAAGUAUUCUUGGCUUCUAUGACCCCUGUCUAGGUACUCCCAAGAAACUGCGUGUCAUCUACCAGUUCCAGGGUCGACUGCAUCAGGCUGAAGUGGACGAUUUUGGUGCCUUUGCAGCUCCAUUGCGUGCUCACCUUGUCUCUGAGAAUCCUGUGUAGAUAUGGUCGACGCCAAAGCCACCGCAGAGCAAAGUGAGCAGCGCCUCAAUAGGGAUUUUCGACAGCUGAAUGUCCAGCAUCCCGCUCCUAGUGAUACAUAAAGCUCACACGAUUGCUCCUGCAGGCAUUGUGAGUGGGGCCUAUCGCAUCCUUUGGCAGCCGUCCCGGCCAA